GAAUGACAUCAGAGUUAUUGAUGGAUUGCGGAGCUCUGGUCAGGGACCGGUCAGCCCAGAGCAGGCUAUGCAGAUCUGUAGUCAGGUUGGGAUUGGUAUCUAUAUUGAUACUAGUGCUGGGGAGGGUCUCAAGGAGGUCGUAGAGGCCUUUGACAUGGCCGCAGUACUCACCCUGGAGCACAGAGAGCUCAGGAUGGGACAAGAUGACCGGAUAAUAGUACGACCUGGGAGUUCGGCCAGUGACCGACUUCCGCUUGGAACUGGUCGAAUCCAACGCCCUUCCGGCAGCCGGCCGGGCAGUACUACGGGCCGACCAGGAUCGGCGGCCAGCUGUGGCGCUGCAAGCAGCGCAAGCCAUGGAUCUCGAGUUCUGAUUCCUGGAAAUUCUCGUGAAUUUCAUGGUUCAUUUUCUAAUCUUCCAGUUGGUUCGUUAACCUUGGAUCCACUACCUCCCUUAGAUCUUAUUCAUAAAUCAGGUCCUAUGCACAAACAGAGCAGAUCCCUUGACUCUCCAGCAGGAGAAACAAUUCAUGAAGAGGAAAUGAUGGAUUCUCCCGGAGCACAUUUGACGCGUUCUGUUCACAAACACGCAACCUCCCCGGUCCAUUCUCCUCUGGGUCAUGCGCAGUUCAGAUCUCUCUCCCCCUCUUCUCUUCCCUCCUCUCCUUUGAAGGCACCUCUUCGUCCCUCUCUCACCAACCAAUCAUCAAACCUAUCGGAGAAGGUCCCUCAGAACCUAGGGUCCCUGGAGAAGAGUAGUUUAGGAUCUCGAGCUCCUUGUGUCCCCCUUAGAUCUACACAAAGUCAACAGUUUUCCACAAUACAAGAGCCUUUACACUCAAGAUCCUUUUCCCAGCCUGUCUCCUCACUACAGCAGGCGAUAAACUUCACUAACAGGUUGGAACAGCUGGCCAUGGAGGAGGACAAUCCCGGCAGCACUCCCCCCGCUAUAACCGCAAAAUCCGCCGAGCUGGGUUUUUGGCGGGAAAAUACUAAUUCUAAAAAUCAAAUUUCCCGCCAAAUUUCUAGUGUUUCCCAGCAGUUUGGUGAGCUAGCACAGACCAACUCUUCUGAUCUUGACCUUAGAAACAAACCUCCGGAGCGUAACUCGCAAAAGAUGACCUUUCGAGCGAGUUUACCGGUGGGUCGACCUCCUCUACCUGUUCCUCCACUUCCUAAAUCUCCUUCUGAUCUCAACCAAGGGAGGACGACCUCAACCUCCUCACCGAUAACCCAGGAACCUUUACCCAGACGACUAGCUCAUCUAGGAUUAGCUGAGGGUAAAAAUUAUGAAAGUUUGAAGUCUCACACAAGUACAAUAUCUCAUGGAAGCACUGGGAGUAAACUAUCAACCGCUAGCAGUUUAUCAGGUCACGCUACGCAGUUCUACACGGGUCCUAGAGAUUUUGAUAUACCAGAUACGGAGGAUCCUGAGCUCUUAAAGAAUCUUGAUUUUGUAUCCCCUAAGGCUGGAGUGUAUAGACCAGUGAAUCCAGGCAAAAGUAAGUUGUAAGAUUUUACCACUAGA